AGAGGAGGAGUGGGUUAUAAGCGCGUUUAACUGCUUGUCCUCUCCCCCCGUACUCUGAUCUGCACAGGAAAGGAGAUACACACCGGGAAGGGAUUGUCACGGAGCUUCGAGGAGUUUUAUCUCUGUCCGGGCUUUCUAAAAAAAACAGGUCGGUGGAGAAUUGAAGAGCUGAAAACUUUUCCAUCUGUCUGCUGCUGCCACGUCCGGAUCUGACUGAACUUCAUCUGCUUCAGAGAGGAGCUGCUGCGGAGCCAGAAAGUAGACCUCCAACCAGAUCUACAAGUUCACUUUAGGAAGGUGAGUUCAACACCUUUCUGCAACUUCAGUCAAACAUGCUGCAGGGGUUUCACACACGUUUUCUCCCUGGUUUUGGUGGCCAACUAUGACUGAACUGAAAACUAUUGACAUUUUCUCCUCUUGAAAUGGUUACAGCCAGAAUAACAAGGUCAAAAACACCAACAGUGGUUAUAGUAUAGGUACUGAGAUAAUCAGCACAGUUCAUGCAUAACUUACACACAGUAUAACACAGGUACUGAAUCUACAUUUAUUAAGUCAAAAGGAUGACAGACAUGAACCUAAAUAAAAUAAAUGUUAUCACCUGAGUGCAACUUCACCAAGAUGAGUAUUUGCAGCUUACUUUUAUUUCUUAUUUCACGUGUUGUUGCAAACUAAAUAUAUGAAGGUUUUUCUUUUUUUGGUUUGGACUAUUUUUAUAGGGCAUUUCAAGUUUUGACCUUUGGCUGAUAAUUGUCACAGCUAUUGUGUGUUAAGAUGACUGCAGCCUCAGUUCCUUGAUAAAGGUCAAAUGUGACAGGAAACUGGUAUUUGAUAUAGUACUGCAGAUGCCUCUUUCAACAAAUCUGGUUUUCAAAAUUAACUUUACAAGAUCCAGACUCAUGAUUAAUCAAGAUGUUAAACCGAACUGUUCCCAUCAUUUGAGUCAUAGCCUUAUCAAAGUGUCAUAGUUGUUGUGUUGUGUUUAUUUUCCCUUUCAAUGGGUUAACUGAACAAGCCACAUGCUUGUCUUGCAGGAUAUUAUUCUGUCCUAACAGUAUGAGUCAACACAUUGUGGAAAUCAGGAAGAAUGAGGAAGCGGAUCAUUAGUAUCAACAAUAAUAAAGCUGAUUCUGACAGUAACUUUUCUUUGCACUACUUCUUAUUAAUUCUUCACAUCUGUUUUCCAUAUGUGGGGCUUUACCCCUGAUUCCAAAAAUUUUAGGAGGCUGAAAAAGUGAAUUCAGUUGAAAAUAGUGCAAAGAAAACAUCAAAUGUUGACCCUGAAAAAUGUUGUUUAAAUGACAAAUCUAUACUUAUUUUGAAUUUGAUGGCAGUAACACAGUUCUAACAGUAAAGGUAGGGGCACGAUACCUUUGUCCAUUUUUUUGUAUCAAGAUGCUCCAAAUGUUUUCAGUGGGUGACGAGUCAGGACUGCAGGCAGGCCAGUUUAGCAACAGUAUUCUUCUACUACAGAGCCAUACUGUUGUAAUCCCUGCAGAAUGUGGUCAUUGUCUUGCUAAAAUAUGACGGUCUUCCCAGCUGAAAAAGUCUUUGUAUGGAUGGCAGUGUGUGUUGCUCCUUAACCCUUAUAUAUUGUUCAGGAUUGAUGGAGCCUUCACAGAUGUGGAGGAUACGGAAGACAUGGACACUGGUGAUCCCCAUACCAUCAGGGAUUCUGACUUUAGACUGAGUGGUGAUUCGGAGCAGAGUGUUCCCUCUCCUUGUGAAGUUUUUGAUUCCUCAGACCACGGCAUACAGAAGUCUCUGGUGUUUGUAGAUCAUGUUUCUAUUUGGUUUUCUCUUUGCGUGGUUCAGUUUUAACCUCAUUUGUGAAUGCAGUGAUGAACUGUGUUCACAGACAAUGGUUUUCGGAAGUGAUGCAGAGUCCAUACAGGGAUUUCCACUACAGAGUCCUGUCUGUUUUUAGUGCAGUGCUGCCCGAGGGCCUGAAUACCAGGACCAUCCAGUCUUGAUUUUGGUCCUUUUCCCUUUUGUACAGAGAUUUCUCCAGAUUCUCUGAAAUAUUAUGUUCUGUCGAAGAAUGAAAUCCACUUAUUCUUUCACGUUUGACACUCAGGAACAUUAUUCUGAAACUGUUGAACUAUUAGCUCACACAGUCUCUCUCAGAGUGGUGAACCUCCCAUCUUUCCUUCUGACAAGCUCAGCCCCUCUAAAUGUCCUUUUAUACUCAGUCAUGUUUCUAACCUGUUAUAAAUUAACCUUGUUUGUGGGAGAUGUUCCUCCAGCUGUUGUUUGCGCAGCUUCUUACCUGUUGAGUUGUUCCUUUUAGAACAUUUAAGAAACACGUUGCUGGCAUCAAGUUUAGGGUGAGAAUACAUUUUUAUUCAAAACAAUUUUUAAAAACUGUUUCAUCAUUUGUUAUGCUUUAUUUGCUCUUUUUAAAUUUGAUACAGGCUUUAAAUGAUUUGAAAACACAGCUGUAAUUUUUUCAGGAGGAACCAUUUUUCUUGCAGUGAUGUGAGGGCAUCUUCAUAGUUUCACUGUGGCUGAACCUUCUACAUCAGGACUCCGAGCUCUCUGUAUUAAUUAAAAAAAGAAACAGCCGUCUCUUCCCUCAGAGGAGGAAACUGAAUCAGCUCCAUCAGUGUCGUCCCAGACUGACCAGUCCUCUCUGGUACUGGAUGCUGUGGUUUCUCUGCUGCCUGCAGUCAUGCUUACUUAGUCUGAAGCUCCCCUCAGACAUGACUGAGCUGAGGUUAUUUGGUAAUUAUCCCUCAGAAGAGGUGUGUGUGUCAGUGUGUGGGUGUGUGAGAGAGAGAGAAAGAGAGAGAGAGUGUGUGUAUGUGUGUGUGUGGAGGAUCCAUGACUUAAUUAGUGGAUGAGAGAAGGAGGAAGGAGGUAAUAACUUCUGGAAAAUGACGGGCUCUGUGCCUAAAUUUCUGCUGCUCAGUUUCUAACAGGCUGAAAAUGAAGAUGUAAAUUAAAACCAAGUCCUGCAUGAAUUUCACAGGUACAUCAUGGAGAAGUGUCUGACGGUUCAAACUCAUCAGUCAGGCCUUUAAAUUACGUGUUAAACCAACAUUUUAAAAGAAUUUAACCAUAAAAAAGGCAAAUAGUGAAAAUAAAUGUCAGUCACACUUUUCCUGAGCAGCUGAGGAAGAUUUCACUCGUUUUUAUUUUGACUUGUGUUGAGAAGGGAGGAAAACACAUUCACAGCAAAACAAGUUCAUUAAAAAAGCAAAUUUCAACAGAGAAGUGAUUCAAACAAAACAUCGGAACAUCCCUCCGAAGGUUUAAAGAAACUAAAAUAAGCCACUGAAAGCCAAGAGAAGACUUAAACUAAAAAACUAUAAAUACAGACACCAAGAUAUAUUAGAAAUCUUUAGCGCAGACCACUAUUCAAUCCGUGGUGGAGCUCCUUAAUUGUCUUUUAUUAGUGAUUACAGAAAUAUUGGCGGAGGCUGUGCGUCUUCAUCACGACGGCGGUAAAUUAUAUCCACACAUACAGAACAGCAGAUAGAAAGCUUCUGUCUGGACUAUGUCAUCGAGAAGUAUUAACACACAAUGUGACAGAUGUGAUGUUUAUAGAUCAUCUUAUUGUAUUCAUGAUCACCUCAGGGUUUGGGUGUGACAGCACUUUAAAGUACUGCAGCACUAUUACCACCAACUCUUAGCAGAUGGUGAAGAUCUCACUGGAACUGUGGGUGGAUGUUAGAGCCAGUAUUUGUGGAUUAGGUGUAUUUUUGCAGCUAGUCUCAUUGCGUAGGUAGGGGUAUGUUUUGCUCCAAAUGAAUGCUUAAAAACUUAUUUAAAUAUAUGCAAAAAACACUGGUGCUCACAGAUUCUAUUUGCCCCGCUGUACAGCCUGAGGUGUAUUCAACCUUGUGCACAUGCUUUUCGAAUUAAACAGUGUUGUAUUGUCCAGGAUAUAAGUCAUGCAAUCUCUCGUUGUACUCCCCAGAGACAUAAUUUUAAAUAAAGGUUCACCUCUGAGACAAACCUGUCUGAUUUAAAUGAUAUCAAAUUGAGGACCCGCUUUUUAUUUAAGGAUAUAUGGAACUAUCCUAUACAAAGUGCAGUAUUAUUCAAUUAAAAGAUAUUUAAUCUAAACAAGGAAACACCUAAACCUCACAUCCUAGAUCUAAAUGAAAUAUUUCUGGUGAAAAUCUCAGUGACGUAGUGUGUUUGUCAAGAACAAAAUAAGGUGACAAGGAUCAGUGGGAAUCAAAUAAUAAUAAUAAUAAUGCAUCAGAUUUCAUAUAGCGCUUUAUCAGAGACCCUCAAAGCGCUUUACAUUGGAUACAUCAUUCAAAGUCAUUAACCCACUGAGGACUGGACUCAUUCUCAGAAAUGAGACCAACAGGCUGAUGUAACUGAUGUGAAUUUCCUCCAGACAGCUCAGAAUGUGGCUUAGUAGUGUGUAUGGCCUGUAUGCACUCCCUACAACGUCUGACCACGCUCCCGAUGUGUCCCUAUAGAUGUGACCUGGAUCAGGGUAUCAGUAAGCUCCUGGACAGUCUGUAACAGGUGUACUGCAGGUAUGGCUCCUCUCUGCCUCCAUGAUUCCUCUCAUUUUUAUUCAUAAACUCCAGAUUCGUCUUGAUAACAAAGAAUAAUCAGGGGCUUGUCGGUUUAGUAUUUGGCUUUUGCAGCUUCUUUUGCCGCUAUACCACUGACAGCUCUGUGCACCAGACUUAUUAGAUCCUCAUUUGGAAGCAAAUACAUAAAUAAUUAUAUAAAAGAAGUCCGUCUGUAUGAAUAGCAGUGAACAGGAAUUUCAGGGUGUUUUGCGAUUAAAUAGCUGUAAUGAAAAGAAAAAAAAAACAGUACUAUUUAAUUUUUGUUGAAAACUCAAACAUGAUGGUCUGUAAAAAAAACACAAAAACGUGUCAAUAAAAAUUAGUGCUGGGCAAUUAAUCAGAUUUUAAUUUCAGUGACUAUUUUGGCCCCCCAUGAUUAUGAAAACAUGAUAAUCGAGACUGAAUCAUAAUUGUCUUACCUGCUGUGUUGAUGUUACAUCUUAAUCAUUGAAUGAAGAGUUCAAAAAUACUUUAGUACAAGUAAAAUCUGACAUUAAAUCUAGUGAGUAUUAUCACCAAAUUUAAGCCAAAGCUGUUAAAGUGAAGAUAUGAUGCAUGAUCUCCCUCAGUAGUGAUACGUAAGAGUUUCUAUGUAUAUUAACUAGUUUGACAGACAGACAUGCUUUGGUUAAAAAAGGUAGCUUCAACAGUUCAUUUUAUGAUUUAUUAUGUUUUACUAAGAAUUAAGAGUUUUUAGGUUUUAAAAAGGUGUUUAAGUUGCUCAAAGGGUGUGUGAUGCAGAUGUCAAACCAUAUAUAAAUAUCAAUCAAUCAGUUAAUUUUAGAAACCCUUAUAAUACGGCUUUUUUGAUCAAUGAUUGGCAAUUUCUCAAGAAAAAAUAGAUAAAUCAAACCUGACAAAUGACCCCAUCUUUCUGCUUAGGUUACAUCACUUGAGGUUGUUUUCUGUAGUUUUCCUUUUGUCAUAUCAGUGUGUAGUUUUCAGUGCAGCGCUCUUUAACCGCAGAAGGUACAGCUGCUUCUUUGGGACUCAACGUAUUACUCAUGACCUUUUCCUUCUCACAUCUCAUAUAUAUUUCUCAUUUAUACUGUAAAAGUCAGUUUCACAAAAGCAAAGGUGUCCCCUUCAAAAUAACAUUAUAUAUUGUUAAAGUGAAGCAAAAUUAACCUUACAGCUUCUUAUUUUUGUUUCAGAGCUCUUCCGUCUCAUCAUGAGUAAGUGUGUCGAUAGCGUCAAGGUUAUGUUUGUUUUGUUUUGUCUAAAUCUGAUGACCUGACUCCGGUGAAGCAGCUGAAAUACACAUCAGAGUGAUGUGAUGUGAAUUGAUGACUCCUCUGAUCAUUCAUCCGCUUUGACAAAGGCAGUCUGAUAAGACACUCAUGUAAACCCUUCAACCACGAUCAUUUUAAAUGUUACGCUGUUGAUCGCUGAUCAUAAAAGUCAUUAUCAUAUGUUUGCCGAACCAGAAAUCAGAUUUAAGCCCUCAAUUAUGAUUAAAUAGUAUCUUAUCUUACACCUAGAAGUCCCAUUUUCCAUCAUUUAAUUUAGAUGAAGUGCUUUCUCCCAAAGGGGAAGGGGGUGGAUUACUCUCAUCAAUUUCAACCUGCAAAAAGCCAUAGAGAGGAUCAGUGAGUAAGUGUUUUUCUACACUUGAGCACCAGUCAGCACAGCUAUUAUCAAACAGCUGCCUGUGGACAGAGGAAAAGAUGAGCCCAGAGUGAGAAAUACUUCUUUAUCGUGUUUAAAGUCUGAUACACAGACUGUAGACAACUGAAAAAUGUGAAAUUAUUCUUUGAAAGUGCUGAUGAACUGUAGUCCCACUGUUCAUUCUCACUAUAAGACUACUGCUCUCUCCCUCUCUGAGACUGGAACCAUUUAAGUUUUUCCACUUUGCAGACGAUGAUUAAAUGAAGGAUUUACAUUUUAAUUGGAUAGGAAAUCCAAGUUGUGUUUGGCAGAUGUGUUGAAACGUCUAAAAUUAUCACAGGUGUUUGCAGAAUAAUUACAUCGGCUGCCUUUCUGAGAUUAGUUUCACAUGUGGAGCAGAAUAUUGAAGCUUCACGGCUUGUGUUCAUGUUGGUUUUACAGACAGGAUUAAUUUACUUUUAAAUUUUGACUCCCAAACGUUUUAAGUAAAAAUAGGACAUCUUAAGUUUUUCCCUCUGACCAUGCAACCAGCUCCAAAACAUUCAUAGGAAAUGCUCGUCUUGAUGCAUUACAGAUAAAAGUGAGACACUAAAGGUCAGGCAAAGACAGCAGAGAUCCUUGUGUUGCUGUUUGACUCAGGCUGAAACGCCCCCAUCUCUCGCUCACAGCGUUUGGAGCCGCUAUGUUUGCCGCACUCUGCCCGCUAAUUGAUUUCUCGGCUGGUUGUGUGCCGCUCAGAGGAAUCUGGCACUGAAGACAGGAAGUAGAUUUGACAAAAACAGCCAGAGUCCAGAGAGACGCAGAGUGACAUCAGACAUCCUGUGCUCCCUGUGAAAACUUUAAUUCACGUUAUGUAAUAACUGCUCAGAUUUAAAACUGAAGUUUGUGUCUGUCCUGAUGGUUUUAUAAUCAAUUUAAGAGUAUGAAUCAAUCCUUUUGAAGACUUGUGGUACGUUCAAAGACAGGGUCGCCUUGUAUUGGUCCUGAGUGCUCCAAAAAGAUGUCAGCACUCGAACAUCACAGUGCCAGCAAGGGGAACCUCUAAAGCUCAUGGGAAAUGUAGUUGAGAGUAAAGUCCAGGUUUAAUUUAUCCGUCUCCUUUUUUUUUGUUAAAUUUGUCCCUGGAGAACUCAAGACAAGUCUGAGGCAUAUUUUAGACUCUGAUCUCAUAACAAAAAAAGGAGCCACAACAGCUCCUAAGAAGUGCAGCACAAAAUAUUUAGAGCUCCCCCUACUGGCUGGCUGCAGUACAGGUUGUUGGGCCCACCCUCUCCAUGUCAACGAAUGAGAAUUUUAUUGACAAUAAAAGAGGAAAUUACAUGUCGAAUAAAUGUUUCUCUAGCUUAUAUGUUCAUUCUUAUCAUGCUGAUUUACAUCAAAGUGUUUUAGUUUUUUUAUUUUGAGAAGGUUAGUUUUGAUGAGUUAUUUAUAUCCAGAAGAGAGGAUGUGAGGUUGUCAUUGACAGCUCUGUUGACCAAUGAGGCUGUUGCAGUGUAACAUACCUGAAAAAUGUGGUAGUUGGGGACUGAUUUUCUCUUGCAUACUGUACUUAUACCAAUCAGGCUGGAAACUGGCUUAGACAAUCUGAGUAGGCUUCACUGGCUUUGACGCAGAAGUCAAGUUGCAUAGAUGUGCAAAACCUCAACAGUAGAAGAAGAAGAAGAAGGGAAGUCAUACAGACAGGGAUACGUGGAAGUGAAGAAUAAGCAGCAGGAUCAUCAUUACUCAUGUAGUUUAUUUUUUAAACUUUUGUACUUGAGUAAAGUUGCUGGACUUUUUUCGAGUCAUUCAUAAAUCGUCUCAUUCAUGAGUAAUCCUCCUCUAAUAGGGAGCUUUUGGUGCUUGUGCAUGAGUCUGUUUGUGGUUUGUAGCAGCCUUGGGCUCCUUAACACGGUGUUCCCGCGGCUGAUUAGAGCCAGGUGUCUGCGGAGCGAGGGUACUAAGGGCGGCCCGCCUCACUGCGGAGACCAGCUGCUGCAGGCUCACAUAAUCUGUGGGAAGGCCGAUCGUAAAGCUAAACAACAUACCGGCGCUGAAACGAGACGCUCGGAGAGGACAAACACUGCUGCUGCUGCUCGUUUGGAAAAUGAAACAGAGACCCGCAAUUAUUUUAUGUUGUUGUUGGCGCUAAUUAUAAAUCCUGGAAGCAGCUGAAGAGGCCCUGUGCUGAGUCAUUCAUGCUGAGCUGCAUACACACACACUCACACACACACACACACAUACAGCAAUGGUUGUACUAAAAAAACUAUAUUACUCCCAGCUGUGCAUGAAAUCAGCUCGGUUCUGUAAUGGAAAAACGAAGAGAGCUGAAGUACCGUACAUGUAUCUAGGCAGCAGCUACACUCAUGACCACUUCAGUUUGUCUGACAUUGGGUUUGAGUUCAGAUUUCAUGAAAUUUGAGAGAAGAAGCUGAAUAAAAUAAAGGACUGGAUGGGUUGUCCCAUUCUUGCAUGAUAUAGCAUUUCAGUUGCUCAACAGCCAAGGGUCUCCUUUGUCCUAUUUUUUAUAUCAUGAUGCUCCAAAUGUGUCACGAGUGCAAUGGGUGACAAGUCAGGAUUGCAGACAGGCCAGUUUAGCCGCAGGACUCUUCUACUACAGAGCCAUGCUGUUGUAAUCCCUGCAGAAUGUGUUUUGUCAUUGUCUUGCUGAAAUAUGAAGGUCUUCCCUGAAAAAGUCUUUGUCUCAAUGCCAGCACAUGUUGCUCCUAAACCUGUAGAUAUAGUUCAGCAUUAAUGAAGCCUUCACAGAUAUGGGAGAUAACCAUGACAUAGACACUUAUAGUAUGAUCCCUAUUGAAGAUCAGGACCAUCCAGUCUUGGUUUUGGUACUUGUCCCUUUAGUAAAGAGAUUCCUCCAGAUUCUCUGAAUCUUUUAAUGAUAUUAUGUUCUGUAGAUGAUAAAAUCCACUCAUUCUUUCACAUUUGACACUCAGGAACAUUUUUCUGAAACUAUUGAACUAUCAGCCCACGCAGUCUCUCACAGAGUGGUGAACCUCCUCCCCUCAGCCUCUCUGAAUGUCCUUUUUAUACUCAGUCAUGUUUCUAACCUGUUGGAGAUUAACCUCAUUAUUUCCUCUAGCUGUUUUUUAGCAUUACACAACCAAUUACCUGUGUGGUUAGGAGCAUGUUGCUGGCAUCCUGAAUCAAUGCCAGUUUUUAUAUUUGAUGUGUUGUUUAUGUACCUUUUAAUCAGUGAUUUGUAAACCAUCCCAAAUGUUUUUAUUGACCUUUAAAUCAUGUCCAAACUUGUAGAUUUUGGAGGACAAAAAUUCUGGCUCAACUUCACCAACUUCCAAGGUGCCUGGAGAAAAAGGCCCUGAAAGAGGUCAAAAGAGCUCCAGGAACACCUGUUGUUCAGGAAAACAGUUUCGGCUUGUGGCCUUCAUCAGGGUCAAACUUGUAGAUUGUCAUAUUUUCCAGCUAAAGACAAAACUGCUUUAUUUGACAUGUUGGGAUUAAGCACAUAUUUCAGAAAAGGUCUCGGUCUCCUCUUUUAGAGCAGCCAGCAUUGAACUCUGCAUAGCUUUUCAGAGCCGUCUCAUGGGAUGAAUUAUCAAGUUAAAAUAAGAGCCAUUUGAGGCCCAAAAAAGGAGAGUGUGCUCUUUUGUUCGACACAACUCCUUGGUCCAAAACACCAGCUCUCUGAUAGGAGUGUGUUUCUGUGGAGCUUUUUUCAUUCCCACACCCCCACAUCUGAACAGCCUGAAGCCUUUUUUUAGCAGGAAGUCCCAAAACAAAUCGAUUGGAUCUGGUGCCAGGAGGAAAACGAAGGAGGAAAGGGACUGUUCCUGUCUUUUACAAUCCUAGGACUUUCAUUGUGUUGUUUGUAGGAGAUGUAAUAAGGAUUGAGUGCUCAGAAUUUUUAGUUUAAGUUUGUUUUAAUUGUUAGUUUGUGUGUGAACUCUGAAAAGUUCUACAGUAAUGCUGUUUUCUGAGUCCUGCUGGUUCAUAGCUUUCUUUUUUCUUGUUUUAAAUAUGUAGUUUUUUAAAGAUCUCACCCAUAUGUUCUCUCUCUUUUCCCUUGUCUCUGUGUCUUCAAGUUGCCAUGGUGAACAGCAGGGUGGAGGCGUCCACACUAGCAGUGAUGGGCGGAGUCGGGGGGACGUCGGGCAGGUCGUGUGCGGGAUGUGGAGGUCGUAUCGUGGACCGUUUCCUGCUCUUCUCCAUGGAGCGUUACUGGCACACACGCUGUCUGAAGUGUUCAUGCUGCCACGCUCAGCUAGGAGAGUUCAGCAGCACCUGCUACAGCAAAGGAGGCAUGAUCCUCUGCAAGAACGACUACAUCAGGUCAGACAGCAGGAGCGGUUGACCAGCUAUAAAAUACUCCCAAUGAGUCCUGAGUGGAGUCUUUUCACUGCUUGUUUAGUCUGUCCAGCCAAAAUUCGACAUUCUUAUAAAUAGCUCAAGGAACAGCAUUGUAAAAAUGGAGCUGGUUACCUGUUUUUGCACUUUAAUGUCAUGUAAAGAUGAUGUUUUAAUGCAACUCUUCACAACUGAAGUAAGUUAACCUGGUUAAUCUUAAAAAUAUGAUUUACCAUAACUAAAUGCUUUGAAUUUUUGGAAGUUUUGAACAUAACUAACACAAAUAAAUAACACGACCGAACAUAAAUAAUAUUUCUAACGUACAGAUUCUUUAUAUUGUCCCAGCUGUCAUUCAGUUUUCUGGCCCCAAACCUUAAAAAUCUAAAUCUACCUUUUUUUUUUGUCUGUCUGUCUUUUUUGUCUUUUUUUUUACCCCUGUCGCUGAGCUUUAUCAAGUUUAUUAUUACUUUGUGUAUUUGUGAAAGAGAUCAUUUGGUCGGGAGAGGAAAAGAAAGGAGUAAAAGCUCAUGACUCUUUUCAUUUUGCUUCAAAUGCUGCAGUAGCCAUGGCGUUAUAGCUAGGAUUAAAUAAACGUGUGUCUGCUGGCUCCUGCCAUUCACAGUCGGUGUGCUGUUCAGAGUUUGAGGUGCAUCGGUGUAAUAUAGACGUUGGUUUUGUGGCCGCCGUCAUCUCCGGGGCAAACACAGAUCUGGCUGUGGAAAACCACAGCUGAAGGUCUGCCGAGGGAAACUGAGACAGAGCAGACUUUGUAUCUCAGUCCAGGAAUAAUACAGCAGCUUUACAGGACAACCCUCAUGAGAUAAAUUUGUCUAAUUUUGGAUUUACUGCACAGCUAGAGGAGGCUUGCAGAGUUUCCAAGAAGUCCCACAUUUAUUCCUCGAGUUGAACAGGACAGUAAUGCAGAUGUUUGUUCAGGUGGAUUUAUAAGUGCUGCUGAUUAACUUUCAUGUGGUGUUAUUGCUGUGUUAUGAAAAUCAAAAGCUGGAUGUGGAGAGGCUCUUGCAGCCUGUUGCAUCAGCUGUACUAAAGUUUGCUCAUAAAUUAAAGUGUAAAAUACACCCUAAAUCAUCCGUUGAAAUUAGUCAGGGGUACUGAGGUUGGAUUGCAAUAGUGAGGAAAAACACCUGAGAAACAGUUGCACUGCUUUAUGUUUACUGACCUGUUUGGAUUGGUUCAGUUUCAGCUCCUUUAUUUGCUCUGGUGGUGGUUUAGUUGACAUGUUUCCUCUAUUUAAGGUCAUACAUAAAAAUGUAGGGCUGGGUCUGAGAGUUUCUCUGGUUCCUGUUGUAACCCAAGUCGUCUUGACCAAUCAGAUGCCAGCAGGCUUUGGUGUCUACAGGAAAAACAGUCUGUAUGGAGAGCAAAUUCAGGCAGAACACAAGUCACCAUAAUGACAUCCAGCUCCCAUACUUGGUAAUCUGAGGAGGAUUCUCUGUAUAAACAGAUAUCUGCAUGAAAGUUUGUUUUAGAUCAAACAUUUACACUGAGGCACAUGCUUGAUGCUGAGUCACUGAAGACAAUCAGUGUUAAGAUUUCCUGACUUCCCUGAAUGCAUCACAAAUUACGAAUCACAAGAAAUUCAGUGUCUUUCACAGGCACAUACCACAGCUGUAAACCCUUAUAAAGCCUCUGUAACUUUCUAUUUACAAUGAAACUGACCCUCAGCACAGAGGAACAGAAAGACAGUGAAACCUCUGUUUAACUUAUUAUAAAAGGAAAAACUGAGACUGACCAGAAACAGGUGAAAAGUAAGAUGAAGCUUUUGUGAGACUUUGCUUUGACUGCAAAGGCACUUGUUAAGGCUGUAAUGAACCCCAAAUUUACAGAGUUUAUUUUGCAGACAUACCCUUUAGCUUUUGAUCAGGACACAUGGUAGCUCCUCAGAUUGUGUACUGGACUGUAAACAAUGCAGCAUGUAAAAAAGGAAGUGAUAGCUGGCAGUUGUCUAUCACCAACCCUUGACUUCACUGAGAUGUUUGAAUGGUCAGCCAUGAUUCGUUAGACACAUAUUUACAUCAGACAAUAGCUGAUGGGUCAAAAAGUAAUUAAUCUGUAUAUUUUCAGCUAUUAAUUGCUGUUAGGUGUUUUUAUUUCACUUAUUGUACUUUAAAUAAACUGUAUCUGUCUAGCCAGCCUCAUCUUCUCUACACCUGAGGCUCAGUCACUCUUUGAAACUCCGCAUAAAACUCUGUGUGAUCUACAGUGUCUAGUUUGGAUGCCAGAUUGUACCAGCAAAUAUUAUAUGAAGUGUAUACUUUCAUGUUUGUAAUGAAAAGUCCUUGCUGUGAGUUUGUGGUUGUUGUUUUUUACAUUGACUGUCUGUUGCCAUGGUUUCUGUUACAGACUGUUUGGUCACAGUGGAGCCUGCAGUGCAUGUGGACAGUCCAUACCUGCCAGUGAGAUGGUGAUGAGAGCACAGGGUAACGUGUACCACCUGAAGGUGAGUGUCACAAUAUCACCGUGUGAGGAUGAUCUCCCGUCUCAGCUCAGUUUGCUGAUGUGACUCCGGUAAUUUUUCUCUUUCCUAGUGUUUUACGUGUGCGACCUGCAGGAACCGCCUUGUCCCUGGAGAUCGUUUCCACUACAUUAACGGGACAAUUUUCUGUGAACACGACCGACCGGGAGGAGGACUGCUCAGCGGACAUCCACCAUCACUGCAGCCCAACAGCAUGAUGUCGGACCAGAAGGUGAGAUAGUCAUGGACACAGUUUGGAUGGAGAAGGUUGAUGCAUUUAUCAGAGCCAGAGGGAUGCCGAGUUUUCACCACUAUACAUUCUGAGAGUCACAGAUCUCUGUCUGAGUUGUGUGAUGCAUGUGUUGUCUCUUUGUCUACUAAAACAAUCCCUGUGCACAUCAGAAACAAUCAGAGACUUUAAGUAAGAUUGUGUUCAUUUAUGUGCAUGGCUCAUCUGUGUACUAAAAUUGAUAUUCGUGUAAACUCAAUUAUUUUGUGAUAUGAAAAACUGAAAUUAGUCUUUGAAGGUAAUAUUCACACAUCACUUCUCCUUAUUCCUCACAGGUCUGCUGAGCAAGAGGACAGAAAUCAAACUGGUGCCUUCUCCCCAUCCUUGCUCCUCUGUAUCUUCAACAUUUGUCUCCUCUUCCUCUGAACACUGCCAUUGAUUGGCUGACAGUUCGCCUCUCUGAUUGGCUGGUUCAGGUGCUGGCUCCUGUAAAUAUACUGUGAGAAGUAAACUGGACAGGUUUAGAGGAGGACACUGAGGACAGGUGAAGUUUAUUUAUACAGCUUCUCUAAAGUGAAAAUUACUGACACAAACUGGUGAAGGUAAUGGAGACAAAACAGGAAACAGAGUUGGAUUUAUUGUAUGAUACCAGCGAACAACACAGAGAAGACGAUAAAUAAGAAGAGAAUAAUCACAGCUGUUGGACUCUCCUGCAGAAAUAUGUUUCCAAAAUCACAAUAAGGGGACAGAAUGGACUCAACUGAGUCAUGACUUCAGCUGCUGGAGGUCUCCAUCAAACGUUUACUGGCAGCUGAACAUUUUUCAUGAUACUUAUUGUGAAACAUUCAACAAUCAUGUUUGUAUCAGUGUUGUUUUAUUCACCACAGUGUGUUUGGGAAGUGCAAGUCUCUUCUUGACAUUACUGCUACCAUCAUAAUUUAACUUUGCACCUUUCACUGCAGGAAUGAAGACCCAUGUUAUAUUUUUUAAAAUUCACCUCUCCAAAGGAGUCUGGCGUUUUUAUUUCUAUAAGAGGUAACCAGCCUUUUUUCAAGACAGUUUUUUCCAUGGAUGAAAGUGUUUAGCCCCUAAUGCUCAUGAAUUUGGAGUAAUUUCAACAAAACUGACCCAUGCGUAAUGUUUAAUUAUGCUUGACUUCAAAAGGACUGCAGCCACAACAUCACAAGGCAGAGAGGAUUUAUGCCGCUUAAAAAAAUGAACAACUGUUUUCCAAGUUGGAUCCUGUUUUUUUACUGCAGCUGUCAAAGGUAGCUUCAGACAUCAUGGACACUUUUUAGGGUUUGCAAGUAUGCUUGGAAACAAGAUGCUACAAAAGAUAAAGCAGCUGUUAUAUAAACUGAACUUUUAGGUGCAGUAAUGCUCACGAUUUUAAUGGAAGUCCAAAGCAGGCAUGUAUCCAUAAAUCUGAUUAACUUCACUUCUUUGUGAUACAGAACAAAGUGCCAGUGCAGCUGCCACCAUCAUACACAGACCCCACUUGAUGCAACUGAAAAUUCACCCAUGUUCUUUAGUUUUUGUUUAGUUUAUUUAUCCAACAGAGACGGUGUGCAAUGACAUUAAUCAUUUAAAGUGAAAUGAUAUUUGAAGAGAUGGUUGCAGCAGAUAUAGCACACCAGUAAUGCUGGUCUGUAGUCCCACAUGGAGGUGAUGCAAGACACUGAAACCCACCCAACAAAAGGUUGAUUGCAGGCAGCAUUGUUGUGUUUAGCAGGAGUAUGCUACUAAGCUAGGCCAGACCGUGACACACUAUGCUGCCAUGGCUUACACUGAUAGGUUAAAGGGAUAUUCUGGCAAAAAUUCAAGCCAUGGUCAAACAUACCCUAACACUGAGUUAGGUCCACCCUAACUCGGACUACAGCUGUGUCCCAGUCCAGAGGCUGCACCCAUGAAAGGUCUCAGCCAAUGUGGCCCAUGUAGACUGGUGAGGCCAAACUGAAUUGAGACUGUCCGCACCUCAGAGGAUUGUGUGCUUAUGUCACUACCCAGAAAAUGGUGUUGCUUAGCUACAGACGAGCUAACCAGCUAGCAUCGCUGGUGUAACUUAAACAACAUCACCAAGAUAAUUUAAAGAUAAUUUGAUAUUUCAGUGCCUCUGUCUUUUACAACAUUUGUACAGCUUGUUACUGAGUUAAAACCUAAAACUUUUGUUUAACAGUACAGCACUGAAACCCAGAAAAAGUAGGACACAUUUGUCGGCUGCAUUUGGAGGAGGCUUUAAAAUGGGACACCCUCAAUGCGCUGCUGUGAGGCAUUUGGUCUCUAAAUUCAACCUUUUGAAGGAAUUGGAGCUCAGCCUAUUUCUACAGCCUCGAACUUCUGAAAACUUUAGAUAGCCCCCAUGUGUGUACAUCUUCACUGUUCUUUUCUUGUAAAUGUUUCUCCUUUGACCUUGGAUGGUCUCUUUUUAUUUAAAGGUACAUUUUUGGCGUAUAUUCACUUUUAUUUAAGCAACAACUGAAGAGAAAUAGAAAAGUGCUUUUGCAGCCAGCACCCUGACCUUAGAUCUUCUUGUCAUCCUUUUAUGUGUUUGGUCUUCCAGGUAUGCAUCAGUUGCAUAAAUGUCAUCACCUGACCUCUUGCAGAAAUUUUACUUCAAUGUCUGCAGGAAAAAGUUUGAGUAAAUUUGUGGACAUGUGCAGCCCACUCAAGUUUUUUUUUGUUUGUUAAUACUAGAUGUGUGUUUUGCACUUCUACAAGUCUGGGGAUAUGAUGAGGAUGGGUCCAGUUUUGGAAACAGAUGCAAAUUAACUCAGCAUAAACAAAUAUCUGGAUGCAUGUCUGCUUUGGGCCUCUAAAGUUUUUGAGGUUUCAACUCACCUGUCCAUAUUUAAUGACCGUGUAAAGGACAAUUGGGCAAAUGUGUUUAAGAUGCACUUAUACUUUGUUGUGUUCUGUGCUGCAGCGAGUUUUCAGUGUUGCUUUUGGUGUUUUUUUUUUCCUAUCAAGCCAAGAUUUCUGGCUCUAUAAUGGAGAGAAAAAAGUCUACACAAAAUAACUCAGUUUUGUGUGAUAUGAUGAAUGAGUGGAUUUGUCUAAAGCUACAGUAAGCAGCAGAGUUACAGUUAGCCGCUGCAGCCUGAGUAAGAGGUAAGAGACGCUCCUCUUCUCUCAGACAAACAUGGCUGAUUACCCACAGGAAUGGGAUUUCAAAGGCCUGAGUCGAGGCCAUUACUGAAGCAAUUAAAGCGGGAUGCGCUGCAGGCCUGCAUGGGCUUUAGCUGCACUCCAGUGCUGCAGCCUAAUGAGGCCUAAUCUGGUGAGCUGGUCUAAUUAAAAGGGAGGGAGCCUUUUCCUGUGGGCACCAGGCAGCGACGCUCUCUGCUCCCUGUAGCUGUCUGAGGGGAAAAAACAAAGUGAAAUCUUAAAAAAGCAUUGUCCAAACCAUAAAAGACUCUUUCACUUCACUGUCCUUUCAAAUUAAAACAUUUUACUCGACAUUUUCAA